AUGCCAGUUUUUAAAAUAAGAACUGUCCCAUAUAAAUGGGAAGAGGUUCAAGAUAUAGUGAAAACUAAUCAAUUGGAAAAAUUCGCCAGACUGCAAGAGGGUAGUGAUAAAUAUUUGAAGUUCAAAAAAUUGGUGGCAUCAUCUAAUUUGACGGUUUUCAAAUACUUGCUUAUCAACCAACUACAAUGGGGGAAACAGUCAGAAAUAGAGGACUUGAAGGAUGAAGAGAUCAAGAUAAUAAGCAAAUCCAAUAAUUUUAAAGAAGGAGAAGACUUGAAAAUUUUAAUGAAUGAUUUCCCUUAUAACUUUGAUACCGGGAUUUUUCAUUUAUGUAUAUGGACAAAAUUUAGAAUUCCCACCGACCCAGAAUCCCUGGUUGGUGACAUUAGCUUGAAAACUAGACAAUUAAUCGAAAAAUAUUUGCACAAAACCUUUGAUAAAUAUGUAGAGUGGGAUAACUUACUUUGGUUUAAGAAUUGGGAAAGUUUACAAAGUGUUAAAAACUUGAGCCAUGUCCAUGUACUCGUCCAUGGGUUAUCACAAAAGGAUUUGGAUGAAUUGUUAUACUCACCUGGUCAACCAUUGACUGAAGAAGAAGUGGAGGAGGUUUUGUGCCAAUGA